UACUUGCUUAUUCUAAAGACGAAGGAGGCAGGAAGAAGUACACGAGCGCCGCUGACAUAGAAUCUGUUUUGUCAUAAAACAUUAUUUUCAUGUCAACUAAUACGCCGGCGAUAAAGAAGCUGCAUCGGGACUUUCUAAUCUUGGGUUGUUGUCGUUUUUCUGGCAAGGAUGUCUUUCAGAAGAGUAACAAAGCUAAUGUGUGGGCUAGCGGGCGGUUCUGCGCUUCUUGUGGCAAUGGCAGAAUCGAAAGGAUAUCUGGAGAGACCAAGCCACGCUGAAAGUUCGAAGAUCUGGACUGCCCUCGCAGUUCUUCAAGCAGCACAACCUCAGUCUUGGUCAACAGGCCAGGACUACAGUAGGACUACCUGGGACAAUAAUUGGGAUAGGCGUGACCCCUUGUCACUCACAAAUGGAAAGAAGAGAAGGAACAGCAAAGAGAGUACCAACGACGAACCGAUAACAGAAUUGGAGAAUAACAAACCUAAAGCUACUCGACACAUCUUCUUAAUCCGUCACUCUCAGUACAAUCUGAACGGGACAGUUGACAAGGAAAGGGUCCUAACUCCUUUAGGCCGAGAGCAAGCCGAGUUUACAGGCCAGCGAUUGGCUGCCCUGGGGCUGAAGUAUGAUGUUUUGAUCCACUCAACGAUGACCCGUGCCACAGAAACUGCCAACAUUAUAAGCAAACACCUGCCAGAUGUGGAUCUGGUAAGCUGUGACCUGUUAAGAGAGGGCGCUCCCAUUGAGCCAGUACCACCCAUUUCCUGGAAACCAGACUGCGUGUACCACGAGGACGGGGCUCGCAUCGAGGCAGCUUUCCGCCGCUACAUCCACCGCGCUGACGCCAAGCAGACUGAGGACAGCUACGAGAUUAUCGUCUGUCACGCUAAUGUCAUUCGCUACUUCGUGUGCAGAGCGCUGCAGUUUCCUCCGGAGGGGUGGCUGCGUCUCGGCCUGAACAACGGUAGCAUCACCUGGGUCACCAUCAGACCGAGCGGUAGAGUAGGACUGAGGAUGAUGGGAGACUCGGGAUUCAUGCCCCCUGAUAAACUCACCCGUACUUAAGGCAUCUCCAGCACUGAUCGCCAAAAUAUGCCUCAUACCCGACCCAACUGGGCCUGACUUGCUGAAACCGUUAUCUCCGCAGAAGACCUGGUAGCGUUCAGUCGAAAUAAUUUUUUGAAAAAAUUUUUUGUAUGGAAAUAUGUAUUUGGACAAUGUAUUUUACACCAUGCCAUUUGUAUGUUAAUUUAUGAAACUAUACUUUAUUGGUCAUAUGUUCUGGGAAUAAACCUGAAUAUUAGAACGGUUAUGAUGGUCCUCUUUAAUCAAUCCGUACACUUUAUAUAAAAGUAGUGCACUUGUGCUUUAAUUCAUUCCCAAGCAGUUUACAUAAUUCUGUCAAAAAUGCAAUAACCCGAUGCUCCAUUAUAAUGUAGCCUGAAGCAAUGCAAACAUGCAAAAGUGCUGAGUUAGGUGUGAAUAGAUACUGUGUCUGGAGCAGUCCAUACAAUACAACAGACAUAACAAAUUAACCACUGUGCAAAAUAUAAAACUCAACAGGUAACAUCAGCUUCAUGAGAUUAAUCAUUGAAACCAGUAUCAUAGUUAUUAAUAGAGGACUGUUGACCCAUGUCAGCACAAGUCGUUUUGUUAUUCUCAACAACGAUGCAGCAGUAUUUAUAGAAAGCUUUGGUGACACUCCAUCCGAUUGUCUGUGUAAGAAAUCAGGGAUCUCUUAUGUGCUUACGUUGAUCACAAUCAGUAUAUCAUCUAUUGCCUUAUUAUCUGUUCAUGUAUUCUGUUUUAUUAUUUAGACAUAUCCACUCCUACUGUAACACAUGUUGAGAUGACAGUCCAGGAUCUAUGAUGUAGUUUCUGCCCGAUGGAAUAAAAAAAAACACCUGUUGGCUGUA